CGCCGACUGAGGGAAACACAAAGAAGAAUGUUUGGUACCCUGUUUAUCAAGUUGUCAGUAGUAUUUUUGUGAUAUUCAGCAAUAUUGCAAACGGCAUCAUGCAGACUUAGUAUUUGACAAGAGAUGGAUUCCCGAGAAGCAUUAAGCUACUGUACAAGUGCUAGCAACCGUACUCUCGACCACCUAGUGCAGCCUGAUGCACAUAGUUAAUAUAAGUGACGUACCAGCCUAUUUAGGGAGAGCCGAAAACGCGCCAGACUUGAUUCCACAAAGUGACGAACGCAGGGCAGUGUUCAAAGAUGCCUUCUACCUGCUGUGUUACAAACUGCAAUAGUCGUUCUUACGAUAGAUGGGGCGUAAAGAGCGGAUUAUCCUUUUAUCGUUUUCCAGCGUGGAGAACUAAUAGUACAAGCCAUGUUUCAGAGGUGACAAAAAGGCGACGAAUGGCAUGGAUAGCAGCAGUAAGGAGGCCCAAGCUUACCUUCGAUAACACUCCACCCCACAUGAGGUUGUGUUCAAAGCAUUUUCACAAAGGAAAACCUGCCUAUGAAAUGAUGGAGUGUGAACCUGACUGGGCCCCUUCUCUAAACCUCGGCCAUAAUGAGGUCAAAGCCAAAACAGCACGGCGCAAGCGGAUUGGGGGAAAAGCAACGAGGACACAAAAACAGCCAAUAUGUUCAACUGGUGACCUAUUGAUGGGAGCUUUGGAUACUUCUGAAGCAAUGCAAGAUAAUAUUAUUGAAGUUACUGUGGGAGAAACUGGAGCAGUGGUAGAUCCUACUAACGUCACCAGGGACGAGUCACCAAGUACGAUGCACAGCAGUGAGGAACACCAUCCAGUGGGAUCUUGGGAACAAGCCACCGUGGAGGCCAUCACGGACAUGGGGUCAUUAAACACCACAGACACUGGAACUCAAAUUGCCCAGGCUACAAUUGCGGAUCUCAAAGACGAGAAUGACUGCCUCCGCGUGCAGAAUGUGAACCUGCGCUCAGAGCUGCGGCUGAUGCAGUGGGAACGGGAACAGCAGCUGCGCGAUCUACAGGAGAGGCUGGAGGCACUGCGACAGAGAUGCUCUUGUGGAGCCAUGUCAGACUCGGCCAAAUCAGAGGUGGCUUCCGUCGCCACAGAUGGAGAUGGAUGUUGAAAACAGAGAACAUUAAGAUCUUGAGAUGUUUCUGAUAACAUGUCUGAUCUGAAAUAGGCCUGUGUGGCCCACACACCAUUUCUGGUAACAUUAUAUUUAUUUGAAAUAACUUUCAUUGAAUAAAUUCAUGAUAUUUGAAGGUAAUUGAAGUUUAAUUUAAUUCAAAAGUUAGCACUAGGGGGUGAAAAAAGAAGAUACAAUAGAAUAGAUUCAGCCAGAGAUCAACAAGGCCAUCACGUUUCCUUUAACAUGGAAGUGUGCUUGACCUUAUGGCCUUGUUAUUGCAUCCUAAAAAUAUAUGGCCCUAUUGUAUUGAUCUAAACAUAUAGUCUGAGCCCUGAGUGAGGGCGCGUGUGAAUGUUGACGCCAGGUGCAUGGCUCAAAGGGUUCUACUCAGGGUCCUGUCAUAUGCCCGGCACUAGGCGUGACAUGAGACUCCUUAUCUUGCAGCCAAUUCAGUGAUGAAGAUUUUGCCAUGCGCUCCACUGCGCCCACAGGUGUGUUAAAUAAAGACAUGGGUGUGGCACGUGAUCCAAAAAAUGAUAUCUUACACCCUCUAAAAAUCAUUAUAAUCACCAUUGAUCAAUAUAAACCUAAUGGCACAUACUGUAUAAAGCACAGCUGAAGACACUGUCACAAGAUGUAAGUAGUGCUUAGCAACAAGUCCCAAACAACUGCAUUGCUGAAACAGGUGUGUGUGUGCGCGCGUGUGCGUGCGUGAGAGAGAGAGAAACGUACACACUGUACUUGCCAAUGAACUGAA